AUGGCCGGGCAGACUGUACCAGCUGGCCGGUGCGGCACCCCGGAGGAAUUGGCGAAUCUGGCCUCGUUCGUCUGUUCCGACUAUUCCAGCUGGCUCAAUGGAGCGAUAAUCGAUUUCGACGGUGGGCAGCAAUGGUUCAACCACGGCAGCUCGAUUGGCGCUCGUGAACUGCAUCAGAUGACCAACGACGCCUGGGGACAGAUCGAGGACACGAUCCGCGGACGAACUGGGAAGGCCAAGAGCAAGAUC